UGAUAGCUCUGCUGAUAGAGUAGGCCAAAGUCAUCAUUCGUAUAUUCCAACGCUUUUGGACAGUGUAUUUACUGAAACAAAUUUAAUUCGACAUGUUGACGUCUCUUAGACGAGCUUGCAAUUUAUCGGCUCUAAAAAGCCUUAGAAGCUUACAAACUUCAGCUCCUCGUUCUUCGGAUGCUUUAUUUGUUCAUAGGGAUACAGAACAAGAUAAUCCCCAGAUUCCUUUUGAAUUCAAUGAUGCAAACAAAAAAAGAAUUGAAGCAAUUUUAAAAAUUUAUCCAGAAGGACAUAAAAGAGGAGCUAUGAUACCACUACUUGAUAUAGCUCAGCGGCAACAUGGGUGGUUACCUAUUUCAGCUAUGCAUAAAGUUGCAGAAAUCCUUAAUGUAUCCAACAUGAGAGUAUAUGAAGUUGCAACAUUCUACACUAUGUUCAAUCGUAGACCAAUGGGACAAUACCAUGUUCAAAUAUGCACAUGUACACCAUGCUGGUUGAGAGAUUCUGAUAGCAUAUUGAAUGUUGUCAAAGAACAAACUAAAUGUGAAAUAGGAGGAAAUUCAGAAGAUAUGAUGUUUUCAGUUUCUGAAGUUGAAUGCCUCGGUGCUUGUGCAAAUGCUCCAAUGCUACAAGUUAAUGAUGAUUACUAUGAGGAUUUAACUCCAGAAACCACCAAAGCUAUUAUUGAUGCUUUAAAAAAAGGUGAACGACCACCACCAGGACCACAAUCUAGUAGAUAUGCCGCUGAGCCAGCUACAGGUCUCACAACUCUUACCUCUCCACCACCUGACCCAACUUUUGGAUUACGAUCUGAUUUAUAAAUUGUGAAUAAUUUAUCAAAUAUUUACAAAAAUGUAUUAGAGAAGUGUUUCGUUAUAAGAGGAAGAUAAAAUUAUUAAAUAAUGACAAAUCUUUCAAAAUCUUAAAAUAGAACUGAAUGAACAAUCUAAUUCAUUUUUGUAAAAUAAAAAUAAUUAUAAUAUAUUAAAUAUAGCUAAAUAUAUAUUAAUGAUAAUAUUCAAUUAGGUUUACAGAAUUCAUCUUUCUGCAAUUUUUGGUUGUUAAUAAAUAAUGUUGAAAAA